GCAACAAUCCCUUGCUCGAGUCGUGCUCACCCACGCCCGCCCGCCUUGUGCUUGUGCUACCGCCCGUGUCUGCUGUCGCACCAAGUUGCCGCAUAUCCCACUAUCGCGACAAUUUUCUCGACUCUCCGCCCCAACUAUACUCUCUAGUAUCCGAGACACUGACGCUCGACGUUUAUUCAUUUACGAAAAUGCCCACCGCAUCUGGUUCUUCAAAACCGCCCUCUGCAACGAGCUCAAAACCAUCCUCGGUCAAGUCUCAAGAUGGCGUCAAGAACUCUCCAGGUCCAACACCGCAAAAUGGUGCGACCACUACCAACGGAAACCCCCCUUCGGACAACCACUUGAAGCCCACCACCUCUGUCAAGAAUCGCCUUACUCGCAUGUUUUCGUCCAAGGAUACCUCAAGAGUACCAACACCUGCCCCUUCGACUCUCGACCUACCUAAUCGUCCACGGGCCAACUCGACAAAUGGCACCUCUACGCCUGCAGGAAAGUCACCGUCAACCGAGAAGGGAAGCGACAAGGCUGUGCAGAAACCCGUUGAAAAAGCAACAACCCCCGGGAAAUCUACACCAAAGUCGACCAAGGAACCUUCUCAGCGUUUUGUUCUAGAUCCAGAGUUGCAGGGAGGCCAUGAACAUCAUUUAAGAUCAAGCCGACGUCAGGAGAAGCUCUCAGAUAUGUGGAGAGCACUCAUUGGCAAGAAGCACGAGGAAACCCCCGAACACGACCUUUCACUCGUCUCGAACUGGGUGGACACUCUGCAACAGGAGAAGGACGAAACCGGCGAGAAGAAAACUGGACCCAGUGCAACAACGACUCUUGUCGAAAAAUACGGCAAAUGUCAAGAAGUAGUCGGACGUGGCGCGUUCGGCAUUGUUCGCAUCUCUCACAAGAAAAUUGGAGGCAGCAAUGAAAAGUUGUUUGCUGUCAAGGAGUUCCGACGCAGACCCGAAGAGACAGAAAAGAAGUACAGCAAGCGCCUUACAGCCGAAUUUUGCAUAUCGUCGUCCCUUCGACACCCCAACGUCAUUCAUACGCUUGACUUGCUCAAGGACGCCAAGGGCGAUUAUUGUGAAGUAAUGGAGUUCUGUGCUGGUGGAGAUCUCUACACCCUCGUCCUCUCGAGUGGGAAGCUCGAGGUUCAAGAAGCCGAUUGUUUCUUCAAGCAGAUGAUGCGUGGUGUUGAGUAUCUACAUGAAAUGGGUGUAGCACAUCGUGAUCUGAAACCCGAGAACCUGCUUCUUACCACCCGCGGCGCCCUUAAGAUUACAGAUUUCGGCAACGGAGAGUGUUUCCGAAUGGCUUGGGAAACGGAUGCGCAUAUGGUAUCUGGCCUAUGCGGUUCCGCUCCCUAUAUUGCCCCUGAGGAAUACACUGAUAAGGAAUUCGACGCCAGAGCUGUAGACGUAUGGGCAUGCGGUGUUAUUUUCAUGGCAAUGCGAACUGGUCGUCACCUUUGGCGACUGGCCAAGAAGGAUGAAGACGAGUUUUAUGCCCGAUACCUCGAGGGCCGUCGAGACGAGGAAGGUUACGGCCCUAUCGAGUCUCUUCAUCGGGCUCGCUGUCGCAACGUAAUUUACUCGGUUCUCGAUCCUCAUCCUACUCGCCGUUUGACAGCUGCUCAAGUCCUUAAGUCAGAAUGGGUACGCGAGAUCAAGCUAUGCAAGGCUGGUGAAGAGGCAUAUCAUGCCCUGGAAGGGCAAGGGUUUCCUGUACUCAGGAGAAGCACGGCAAGGUUUGCUUAUGCUCAGGAGUUGGGUUGGUGGUAUAACGAGACUCGGCGAGGUCUCGUCAAGAUUGAACAUCGGACUUCCCUUCCUCAGUUACAACAUAUUAGUCAUCUCAAACACUCGGCGACCACUGAGCUCGAUUCACUGGCGACGGGUUCCAAGAGUGAAUUCGAAAAGAUCGAGGUCGCUGUGCCGUCUUUCUCUGCCGGCAAACCAGCUCUCGACAAGACAAGAUACUUGACAAGAUGA